CGAAUUUAAGUACACACGAGAGUACAUUCCGCAAUCAUGAAACUGUUUGCUAUCCUCGCUGUCUUUGUCGUACUGGCUUGCACCUCGGUCAACACACUACCGGUUGUCUACGACGGACCUACUUAUGAACUGACUGCUAUCGAGGAUCCAGUGGACGACGAAAUAUCGUCGGACCUGCCACCCAUUCGGAAUCGCCGCGUGACCUGCGACCUUCUAUCCUGGCAGUCUAAGUGGCUGAGUUUCAAUCACACUCCUUGUGCAGCUAAAUGCCUGAUGCAACGUCGCAAGGGUGGUAGUUGCCGCGAUGGUAUCUGCGUCUGCAGGAAUUAAGAAGUUGUGCUCGCCUUCAAAUCAUCCGACUCUUGGUCAACGCAACGUCUCAUAUGGAUCACGCUGUCGCUCGUUGUCUUCACGGAUGGUACUGACUACGUCGGUGAACGCCAUUGCAUUGUAAUCCAAAUUAAUAUUCAUGGGAGAUUACGAAGGGACGCACGGUUUAAUCAUCCGAUCGAUAGUUCCGGCCUCGAUUGUCUGUCUCGUCGAGCGAAUUUUCACCGAAACGGAUAACGUCAUAAUUAAGGAUAAUUAUUUUAAUUAGCCGUUCCCGCGCGUCGCUACCGAGCGUGUUAAUAAGAAUAACAGUUCUUGUUCGCGUCAGCGUCGCGACGGGAGUUUCCCGGGAAAA